AUGGGCCUGACUCCAGCUGAAGUUUCGCCGAUAAUUGGAUAUCAUGGCGUCGUGACGAGCACUGUGGACUGGUGUGAAGAGAAUUACAUUGUUUCGUUUUACGUUGCUGAAUACUGGAAUGCCAUAUCCAAUAUGGUCUUUUUUGUAUUCGUUGCCAUUGGACUGUAUUCGUGUAGAGCGUGUAAAAGCGAGUGGAGGUUUGUGACGGCUUAUUUAUCUCUGGGGAUCGUUGGAGCUGGCUCUACGCUAUUUCACGGAACACUGCUGUACGAAUUCCAAUUGGCUGAUGAACUUCCAAUGGUCUACGGAAUGGCAGCUUUCGUAUACUGCACCUUACAAAUGUGGCCUCCAGAACGACAUUCAGCAAUCCUAGCCAUCUCAAUCACAUUAUUCUGUGCCGUAAUUACAGUUUGGUAUUUAACUACCCGGAAUUUCUUAGUCUUUGCUGUGGCCUUCUUUGCCGAACUCAUGAUUGCUGCUAUCGCUCCUAUAUUUUAUAUACGGAGACUAGCCAAUACACAUCUGAAAGAGGCAACAAGGCUGGGCUGGUUGUUUGCAACUAGUAUUGGGGCUUUUGCUUUUGCAUUCGCGUUGUGGAUUGUGGAUAAUACUCAAUGUUCCGUCUUACGAGACUGGAGGGCUGAAGUUGGAUAUCCGCUCCGAGUCUUUAGUGAAUUCCACGCAUAG